ACAAGCCCAGCCCUCAGAUCCAGCCCUCCUGACACCGCUCACUCGGAAAGCGAACGCCGAAACACGGACACCCUCCUCCCGUUUGUCAGGUCGGUGGGAACGGGACCGGUUGAAGGAAUGCGCGCAGCCUCGCACAACUUAAGGAAUAACUCUCCCAAAAGAAAAGGAGCCAGAAGAAGAAGAAGACCAGGAUGUCCCACAGUGUGGACCUACUCGCGUGGAGCUGCCUUUUCAUCGCGGUCGAAUCCAAACCAGGUUGCGCAACGCUGGUUCCCAGUACUGACGUCACGCCGGCCUGGUGGUCAAGGCCCCAUCUUGCCACCACAGAACGUGUCCCUGCUCUGGAUCACUGGUUUCCAGCCCCAGUUGUCCUGGGUCCCGCCGCAGCAUUUGGGGGCAAACUGCACAUAUGAAGUGUUUUUGAAAACCAAGAAAGGCAGAGAAAAAUAUCUGACUGAAAACCUAGAGGAGCAGUUUUACAUCGUGAUGGAGGGAGGGUUUCUCAACAUGUCCGUCGGAACCGUCUGUGACCGCCGCAGUGAGCUGGCCUGGGUCAGCGUCGACAACGCAGAGCUGGUGAGGAAGCUGCAGUGCUUCAUCUACUCCGCCACGCGCACGCACUGCUCCUGGCAAAAGGCUGGCCGAGCUCGAGACCUGCGGUUCUUUUAUCGAUUACUGAACAACAAUUUUAGCGAAUCCGGUCGGAAGAAGGUCCUCAUCCGGGAGUGCUCGUCGUACACUGAGGUCAGGACCGGCUGUGACCUGGAGGCUAACAUCAACCAGUCAAUCCACAUCUGGUUUAAUGGAACGGUGAACAACACGGUGGCCACGAACACCUUCAAGAAAGACACCUCCAACGAUGUGCGACUUCCUGCCCUUAACUGGACCGUCACUAAAACUCAGGAUAAAUUCCAUAUUAGCUGGACCCCUCCUGAAAUUGAAAGACGUUGGAAGUUUGAAAUUAUUUACACAGAGUGUAGUGAAACAAAGUCCAUAACGGUUGAUGGAGGAACCUCCACGGAGCUGGAACGGGUCCCUCACUGUCCGUACCGUAUGGCUAUGAAAGCCUUCAUCAAAGAAGGAAAGACGCCAUUUAGUGACGAGGUGUAUUUUGAUUCAGAUCCCAGUGCGUGGCUGUAUGCUGCCAUUAUCAUCCCAGUGAUGUUCGCUGGCCUGGCAGCACUGGUCUUGGUGUGUUGCAGGAAGAAUAAGGAAUACAUGUUCCCCAAAGUACCAGAACCUCGGGACCUCCUCAGCAAUAUUUCUGACAACAACAACAAGAGCGCUGAUCACACCCUGUGUGUCCCGGCGGAGGAAGACGACAACUGUAGAAUCUCUCUGGUGGUCGAUCCCCUCAUCAACAAGCUGGACGCGUCACAAUCCCUCGAAUCGGCCAAGGCACCCGAAGUCUUAUGUCCCAUGCUGGCUCAACAAAAGAGUGCGGGCCCCUAACUGUUUGACCUUGAACGCUUGCAGGCUCAACAUCUUCAGGAACAACCACACAGGCCACACAGAUUUCAUUCAUCUGGAUCACUUUAUGAGUUAUGCUUUAACUUCUCCAAUCUAUUUUUUAUUUUUAUAUUUUUCGCUUUCAGAGAAGCUCUUGAGAAGUUUGUAGAGCUGAGAAUCACAUGAAAGAUAUGUUCUGUCUGGAGAAUGCACAGUGUUGUAUGGAUUGCGUAAUGAACUGGGACCAUGUUAGUAUUAUGGACCAUCUUUUUUUCUGUGAAACGUAUGAAGAACUCAUGGAAUAAAUACUUUUGUCUGUUGUACGAGCAAACAGGUUGAAUAUGUUUUUUGUAUGUGCCCAUACUGGCUAAUGCUGGGUGCACUUUUGAAUAGUUCAGAAUUUAUGAUAGUUUUUUUAAUAGUUUUUCAAUAAAAACAAACAAAAGAGAACCGCCA